AGCGAUCCCUUUUCGUCUUUCACUUUCUCUUUUCUUGGGUUCUUUUGCUUCCGGUCCGGCCAUUUAAAUACCACGACGACUUGCUUGACUGUUCCAACUCAGUUUUCUGGAGGAGAUAGCUUAAUCUACAUCCACUGAGUACUUCUCCUUUCGCAUUGUUUGAUCUUCCUGAAAAAGAAAAACAUGACGACCGAAACUGGCGAGGAUUCUUCUCCAGAAGUCCUCCAUUGCGACUACCUGAUUGUUGGCGGCGGCGCAACGGGCUUGGCCUUCGCGGACACUCUGCUGCACUCUUUUUCAUCGUCUGAUCACGAAGGUGGUGGAAUAAGAUCAUCAGGACAAGCAGCACCCCGCGUCGCCAUCGUGGAUAAGCAUCUGCACCCCGGGGGGCAGUGGAACGACAGCUAUGACUUCGUCCGCCUGCACCAGCCAUCGGCGAUGUAUGGAGUAGAAAGCGAGCCUUUGGAGGAGAUGGAAACAAGUGUCAGUCAAGAAGGUCAACCUGGAACAAAUGAUCCUAAAAAUCCACCCGCCCCUGCGAAUGCUAAAACAAAAACGAAAGCAGCGCACCGUGCAACGAGACUGGAGAUUUUAGCGUACUACGCGAAAGUUGUCGACAAAUUGAAAAGGAAGUUCGGCUUGAAAUUUUUCGGUGGCUACGAAUUUAUUUUCUCCCACGAACAUGAAGAAGAAGCGACUAUCUCUGCCGGCGACGGGUCAUCGUACCAGGAAUUUGUGUUGCAGCCAACAACUGCGAUUCGUGGGGACGACGGUCAACCAGGGUACCAACAAGCGUACCAUAACCUGCUUGUCCGCUGCAAAAAACUCGUCGACGCGCGGUGGCUGGAACCCGAUUUACCCCUUUUCGUAGCGCCAAAGUUUAAAUUCGACAGCAAAGUCGUACGGGUUGUAGCGCCGAACGAGCUUUCUGUUACACUAGGACAUGAUCAAACAGCUCCUUCAUCGAGCGGCGAGAAAACCAACACCUCCUCGACAGGUACUAUGACCGCCGAGACUGUCGGCGGAAGCGGAGCUGCGACGAGUUGGAGUGCUGUUGUUCUUGCCGAGCAAGAUGCAAGAACCACAGAUGAGGACCAGCAGCACGACCAGCAAAAGUUUGUCAUCAUCGGCGCGGGAAAGACUGGAAUGGACGCGGUGGUGUAUCUGCAAACAGUGCGGAAAAUACCCCCAGAAAACAUUGCUUGGGUGAUGCCCACCGAAAUGUGGAUCACGGCCCGGGAAAACAUCGGCAGCUGUAUGGAGCUGUUGGCGACGUGCGUCGAGAGCGCGAGGGACGAGGAGAGCGGAAAUAUGAAGUUGCUGCAUGACAAAAACCUCCUGCAGUCCGGCUUUCUGGAGUUCGAGAAACUCGGGAAAGUGUACCGACUCAGCGACGACGGCGCUAAACAUCAAGUCCCACCUACCAAGUUCAAGGACGCGACGCUGUGCAAACGGGAGUUGGAAACUCUACGCAAGGUGAAGCACGUGUUUCGGGGCCAGCGGGUGAAAGAGAUCAAGUUUUGUGAAGCGAAAAGCAACUUUUCUCUGACUUUCAACGACGAAACGUCGAAAGACCUGCCGUGGAAGAUCAGGAGCGUGGAUGGCAAGAAAGAACCCGAGGUGACUUUCGUCCAUUGCAGCGCCGGCGCGUUCAAUUACACGAAAGUCGUGCAUGGGCCGCCGCGGCCCGUUUUCACGGAGAAAAAAAUAACAAUUCAAGACGUGUACGGUACGCCCGGGUUCUGCUUCGUCGGAAGUGUGAUUGCGAAGCUAGAGGUGACGAGAUUCGCCGUCGAUAAGUAUCAAGGAAUGCCUCUGACCGACGAAAUGAAAAACAGGAUGUGUCGCGCGCCGGCGCCAAAAAAAGACCCAAGUUGCGACGACAGCGGUUUCGUGCGUGGCGCUUUGGGAAAAGACCACGGACUGGUGCAACGGUGCGCGAACUUGUUCGAUUGGUACGAGAUCGCGGGUCUAGGACCAUGGCUGCAUGGAGAAGACGGUGAUGGUACAAGUUCGCAGAAAGGGUCUAAACCGCACCGCCUUUUCAACCUGAAUCAUUUGUCAAAAGACGAAGCGGAGCGGAUGGUAAGGAACAUGUGGUUCACCUUAGUUGGCGAGGGGAUCAUUGACGUGGCUGCUCACGCAUAGACGUAGUGUACGUGGCAUUUUCUACUUUUCAUUGAAAAUGCAAGUGCUGGAACGACGUAUAGUGACAGUGAGUUUGGAGCUCACCAAAGAAGAAGAACUACGGAACGAAGUGAAACAAACAAGUAAAAACGCCAGCAAAACCAAAAGCGCAAUCGAAUUCGAC